GUAUCAUGCUUGACAGGUCCCGAAUUACGGACUCUGGAUGGUUUACGGAUGAGACUCGCAGGAUAUCGACAACGCCCAAUGGCAAGUCUCCUCACACAUCUCUGAUGAUUUACUGCAUCUCUAGUGCCGCACGUGAGCUCCGGCACCACAUGUCGGGGUUCUCCAUAACAACGCCGAAUGCAUUUAAAGUAUCGUAAUUGUCAACAAGCACGGUUUCUACAACAGAACCGCUCGCAAACUGCUUUAUCCAUCAUGACACCACCUCUGAUUACUCUAGAAGAGCACUUCCUCGCGGAGGCCGCCGAAGAUGUGAAGUCCCUCUAUUCUGAACAGCUCGGAAAUAUACCCGAGCUGGCUGCCAAACUCGGUGAUCUUGGACCCUUACGCCUUCACUCUAUGGACGAGAGCAACGUGUCAAUACAAGUCAUUUCUCACGGGCCAGGAGCUUUACGAACUUCGCAAUGCAAAGCAGCGAAUGACCAGCUUGCUUCCGCCGUGAAAGCCUAUCCAGACCGGUUCGCCGGGUUUGCAGUUCUUCCUGUCUUGGACCCUGCGGAAUCAGCAAAGGAACUAAGAAGAUGUGUUCGUGAGCUUCACUUUGUCGGUGCGCUCAUCGACAAUCGAUUCAAGAACACAUACUAUGAUGGCCCUGAAUACGAGGUUAUGUGGGCGGCAGCACAAGACCUUGAUGUGCCAAUCUACCUGCACCCUACGUGGCCGUCCGAGGAACAACUUGAUCUACUCUAUACGGGAAAUUUCGCCCAGUCCGCAACCCUGAGCCUGUCAGCAUCCGGGUGGGGAUGGCACUCUGACGUUGCCCUGCAUAUCCUGCGUCUGUUCUCCGCUGGUGUGUUUGACAAGUUUCCACGGCUCAAGAUCAUUGCCGGCCAUAUGGGGGAGAUGCUCCCGUUCAUGCUGCACCGAAUCAUGCAGCUGUCACCACGCUGGGGAAGACGCGAUAGAUUAUUCAAGGAGGUCUACGAUACCAACAUUUGGAUUACAACGAGUGGAGUGUGGAGCGUUGAUCCUAUGGCCACCAUUUUAAGAAAUACCAGGAUUGAUAAAAUAUUAUAUAGUGUUGACUAUCCGUUUGCGAAGAAUGAGAAUGGUUUGAUUUUCAUGAAGGAGCUGGAAGAGAGUGGGCUUGUGACACAGGAGCAACUGGAGCAAAUUGCGUAUAAGAACUCUGAACAGCUUCUGGGGUUGAAGGUGAAAAAGACUUUCUAAAUUCAAUGACCGAUAUUUCCAACGGAAAUAUUGGCGUGAGAAUAGUCUGAUAGAACAGUUCACAGCUGCAGGAGGGUAAUCAUGCGUUUCUAGAACGAUAGUGCAAAUUGUUUGAUAGCUACGCUCCUUCAAAAUGAAAACCUCCAGUAUGACAUAGCGAGUACAGUAUUAUGCAAAGCCGAGUUUCUAG